AGUGUAAAUCAAAUUUACACUAAUUGUGUGAAAUGAUGUCACUGCUUCAACCCACCACAUUGCACCACACAGUUCAUCUACAUGUAAAUGCUGCUUACGUAGACAUAGUUCAUUCCAUAAACAAGUGAUGCACUAUUAGCCCCACUUGAAAAUAUUCUGUAUCAAGCUGUUCUGAGUCAGGAUGUCAAGGUCUUGAGCGUCACAGGAAGCUGCAGCAGGGUGACACACAUAAAGGCCAUGCAGGAAGCCUGGUCUCUGCAGUCAGCCCCCAAUAUAAACAGCUGCAAAAAUACAGCAGUCUUCAUGGGAACAGAGCAGAGGAGGGAACUCUGAUCGAUUAGCAGGUGUGAGGUGGAAUCUGAGCUUAGACAUAUACAACAGGCAUCCAUGUGCAUGUGUGUGUGUGUGUGGUGAAGGCAGACGAGCAUUUUCCAUCAAGAAGAUUUGGAGUUUACCAGUUGCUCUGAGAAGGAGCUCGAUCACUGCUUGAGCAAAACAUAAUUUCUGGGCAACAUUUUUAAUACAGAAAUUGAAGGAGCCACAAGAGCCAUUUCAAAUCAGCAAGAAGCCAAAGAACAUGGGGACUUGCCCCAUCAGAUGUCAAUCCAACCUGACAGUCCUAGAAAAUCCACGUGAACCAGUAUCAUCAGCCCUCCAGGAGAGCAUGACUGUAUCCCUCCGUACCUACCCGGCCUUUGGGCGUGCAGAACUGACCAUGUGCAUUGGGGAACGACUCACCGUCAUAUCAGAUGACGGUGAUUUUAUGAUGGUGAGAUCCACAACCACAGGCCGUGAGAGCUACAUUCCCACCAACUACACCGCCAAGGUGACACACAGGUGGCUGUUCACAGGCAUCAGCAGGUACAAAACAGUGGAGCUGCUCAUGCAGCCUAAUAACCAGAAUGGAGCCUUUCUGAUCCGAGAGUCAGAGACAAACAGAGAUUGUUACUCACUGUCUGUCCUGAGGAGGACCCACUCGUCAUACCUGGACUGUGUAAAACACUACCGCAUCUCUCGCCUCCAAAAUGGCUGGGUCUUCAUAUCUCCAGGACUCACCUUCCCCUCCCUGCAUCACCUGGUCGAACACUAUUCAGAGGUUGCAGAUGGAUUGUGCUGUCGGCUGACAGAGCCUUGCUUCAUCCAGGGUUUCGACAACGCUAGAGAGGCCAGGCCUAUACCCACAACUGUCAGGAGGCCUACUAUCAACUGGAAGGACAUAAGCAGGUCAGUGAUCUUAAAGAGGAAGAGAACAGAGUCAGACAACUCUCUGGUGAGCGAGGGGCUGAGGGAGGCCAUCACCUCCUACCUCCAAAUGACAGAGGGCAACGAUCACAGCUGGGACACUUGAGCAAAGACAGUGGAUCAGUCUGAGAGAAUGAAAUCAGACAGAUCGACUGCUGUCAGAUACGGUCCUGUCUCAUCUGCCGUUUGGACAAGCCAUUAGAAGAGGUCGGCUGCACGCCCAAAUGUAGUUCAUAGACCGCCCUGGAGCAGGAGGGCUGAGACACUACAACGUUUGGAGUUGUGACAUACUGUAUGUCAGCAAGAAGACUGUUUUUUUGUGUCCAAGUAGGCACACAGUGGAGGUGUGAGCUGAAAAUUGAAAGUCAGUGAGACAUUUGUUCUCAUUUCAUUUCAAAAGUUGAAUGUGUCUCUUAAUUUAUAACCUCAUAUGUACACGCUGUUUUGAAUUCAAUAUGAAAUAUGUUAAUUAUAUUGUAAUAUGAUUAUUGUCAUGGUUAUGUUAUUGGAAUCCAAUAAAAUAUGUUAGCUAUGUGAUAAAUGAACAACACUAGGCUACAAAUAUAACCACCUUAACACAA